AUGAAGCUCUCCCUCAUCAUCAUGGCAGCUGCCUCUACCCUCGUCCUCGCCGGCGGCGGCAAGAAGGAAGAAUCCGUUCUGUGCAAGAAGUGCGACAUCUACAGCCUUGAACACUGCGAGAAAGACGUCUGCAAGGACAAACUCAACGACCGCAAGCAGAAAGACUUUGAAUGGUAUAUGUGCGUGAACGACUGUAACCGCCAGGACAUCUGCAAGUACGUACCUGCAGGCGAGACAGUUGCUUGCGGCGAUGAGUGCACUCCUCAUGCUAUCUGCACCACUACCUAG